AUGCUGGUGACUGAUGCAGAAAAUCCAAAUGAUCAAUAUGCAUUCGAUAACCCUUGUUUUCGAGAAGCGACGCCGAUCAAACAAAACAUAAACGAUGAAAAACAAAGUUCUAAAUUGGAUAAAAACAAAUGGAUGGGAUGGUCACCGUUGAACACUCUCGGAAAAGAUGAAGAAAAAUCAGAGAGAAAAAUAACGUCGCUCGAUGAUAGUUACGUAAAUGUAAGAAAAAUGUAA